AGCUCUGUGUCCUCCUCCUGCUGGGGCCAGCAGCCCUGGAGGCAGGAUUGGAGGUGUAGGAUUUCAGUGCAUUGUCACAGCAUCUUUGAGGCUGUGAUUGAGGAACUUUCCAGUCCCGUCAGAAUUCCUUCCCACUUCUUUUCCCCAUCUCUAAUGCAGGACUCCUGCAGUAGAACACUUCUGCAGGUCACUGCUUUCAGAGAACCUCUUCCACUGCUCCUGAGAUGUGUCCAGAGCUUAGCUGCACUGCUCCUAAUGGGAUUAAUAGAGGAUGUCUGAUGCCAGUUCUGGGUUUGAGGGAGCUGAGUGCUUUCAAUGUUUUAUUACCUCUGUUGGCCAAUAGUGAAUUAAUAAUCCUCUGAAUUGAUAAUGAAGAAAUACCUCCUCUGUCAGCCACUCCUGCUCACAGAGACCCUGUUGCAGGCAGCUGUUAGCCCCAGUGCAGGAUUCUGCCCCAACCAGCACGAACUCUGCUGCUGCUGAGGAGGUAGCAGCGUGCAGAGAACACAAACUCUGGCGUCUCAGAGCUCCGUGUCGGGACCUGCUGAGUGGGGAGCUGAACGGCCCCUCAGAGGUGGAAAUGUCUCUGCUGAGCAGUAUCUCUGCUGGAGCAGGUUCCCCGUGGCCAGGGCACUGCCAGCAGCCGCUGAUGGAUGGGCCAGCACCGCGCAUCCAGAUUGUCCCUGGGGAGCCAGGCCUGGCCCUGCCCCAGCGCAUACAGAUCGUCACAGACCAGCAGACGGGCCAGAAGAUUCAGAUUGUUACAGCACUUGAUCAGAGCUCAGCAGGCAAGCAGUUCAUCUUAACAAAUCACGAAGGCUCUACCCCCAGCAAGGUCAUCCUUGCCAGACAAGAUUCCACCCCAGGAAAGGUUAUCCUGGCAACUCCAGAUGCUGCAGGUGUCAACCAGCUGUUUUUUGCAUCCCCUGAUAUAUCUGCACAACAGAUCCAGAUUUUGACAGACAACUCCUCCAGCGAGCAGGGCCUCAGUAAAGUGUUUGAUCUGUGUGUGGUGUGUGGGGACAAGGCCUCAGGGCGCCACUACGGAGCAGUGACCUGUGAAGGCUGCAAAGGAUUCUUCAAGAGGAGCAUCAGGAAGAACCUGAUCUACUCCUGCCGUGGCACCAAGGACUGUGUGAUCAACAAGCACCACCGCAACCGCUGCCAGUACUGCCGGCUGCAGCGAUGCAUCGCCUUCGGCAUGAAGCAGGACUCUGUGCAGUGUGAGAGGAAGCCUAUCGAAGUGUCCAGGGAGAAGCCUUCCAACUGCGCAGCCUCCACCGAGAAGAUUUACAUUCGGAAGGACCUGCGGAGCCCUCUGGCUGCCACCCCCACCUUUGUCACAGACCAUGAGACAGCGAGGUCUGCAGGUCUGCUGGAGUCGGGGAUGUUUGUCAACAUUCAGUCUGCCAUCAAAAGCGAGCCUGCCGUGCUGAUGGCUCCAGACAAGGUUGAAGCAUGUCAGGGAGAUUUAAGCACACUGGCAAACGUGGUGACUUCACUGGCAAACCUCAGCAAAUGCAAAGACAUCUCACAGAGCACUACAGAGCUGUCUAUGAUUGACAGCUUGAGUAAUGGAGAUGCAUCCUUGUCUGAGCUGCAGCAAGAGGAACAAGCCAGCAGUGAUGUGACAAGGGCGUUUGAUACUCUUGCCAAAGCAUUAAAUCCAGGAGAGAGCACAGCCUGCCACAGCUCUGAGGCUGCUGACACUGGUGUCCAGCUGCUGGGAGGAGAAACGAGCCUGAGCAUCGUGGAGAUGGAGGGGCCCCUGCUCAGUGACGCGCACGUAGCCUUCAGGCUCACCAUGCCCUCUCCUAUGCCUGAGUAUCUCAAUGUUCACUAUAUCUGUGAGACAGCCUCCAGGUUGCUCUUCCUGUCCAUGCACUGGGCACGCUCCAUUCCAUCCUUCCAGGCUUUAGGGCAGGACACCAGCAUCCUGCUAGUGAAGGCCUGCUGGAACGAGCUCUUCACGCUGGGGCUGGCACAGUGCUCCCAGGUGAUCAACGUGGCAACCAUCCUGGCAGCCUUCGUCAACCACCUGCACGGCAGCCUGCAGCAGGAGAGGGGAAAAGUGGUCAUGGAGCACAUCUUCAAACUGCAGGAGUUCUGCAACAGCAUGGUGAAGCUCUGCCUGGAUGGGUAUGAGUAUGCCUACUUGAAAGCCAUCGUCCUCUUUAGUCCUGAUCACCCAGGACUGGAAAAUGUGCUCCAGAUUGAGAAGUUUCAAGAGAAGGCCUACAUGGAGUUCCAAGACUACGUCACAAAAGUGUAUCCAGAUGACACUUACAGGCUGUCCAGGCUGCUCCUGCGCUUGCCUGCCCUGCGGCUGAUGAGCGCUGCCCUGACGGAGGAGCUGUUCUUUGCAGGACUGAUUGGGAACGUGCAGAUCGACAGCAUCAUCCCCUACAUCCUGCGCAUGGAGACGGCAGACUACAACUCGCAGCUGGUGGGGCAGGCCGUGUGAGCGCAGCCCGCGGCUGCAGCCCUGGCACUCGGGGCACUGGAAACACAUGCCCUGUCUCCAAGAGAUGGCAAUAAGCCUUCCCCUGCACCUUUCCAAAGAAGGCCAAGAUUCCUCCUUUGCAGUACACUUGGGAGACCUGGUGGAGCGUGACAGGAGACGCAGGAUCACUUCCUGCUUCUCGUCCGAUCGCCGAGGACUUGCAAAUGAACUCCGCACCUGAAGAGUCAGCAGCUGUCCAUCCUAUUUUUGUAGGUAGAUGAACUUGGAAGAUUUGUUUAUGAAGCCCAGGCUUGUGGAGAAGCAGCAGCAGCUGUGCCUGAACUGAGCUCUCUCGACUUAGUUUGAUGGGUUAGAGGAAUAAAUUAACUUUGCUCUCCGA